UGGUGGGAUGUCGGAUGUCGGAUAUUGUGUAGAUUUUGAAUGGAGGAAGAGUGCAGAUGUAUGCACGCUUAAACUCAGCGCUGCUUGGCCAACGGUCGGAAUCCUCCGAUUGCAGUGGCAGACUAGCAGACUUGAUUAUGUACAGUAUCACUCCGGAGUCCGACAGUUCCAGAAUGCUCAAGACACCCUCCCUCGCUCUUUCUUCCUCCUCCAACUGCCUCCGAACCCCCAACAACCACCCAUCCAUCGAGCCGACGCAGUCUUAACUAACUCAGAUUCAGCUCAGACAUGUCCUCCACCACACCCGCCCAUCGCGCAAUCUGGGCCCGCCGGCUAUCUGCCUCGGCUUGUCUGUCCCUGACCGAGCCGGACUUCGCCGUCUAUCUCGACUCGAUCGCCUGUGUGGGCGGUCUGAGAUCAGAAUUCAGACUGCCAAGGAAGGAGCCCAGAUCGAGCUCCCAACGAGAUGCCGAUAAUACCGACUCAGUCGAGCAGAUCGGCCAUCUAGACGACGAGCAGAAUGAGGAGGACGAAUCGAACGCUUGUGUGUAUCUGUGCGGGAAUUCCUUAGGGUUACAGAACAGGAGGACAGCCGAGAUGGUCUUGGCCGAAUUGGAUGUUUGGGCAGAUCAAGCUGUCCAGGGUCAUUUUGUGCAUUCGGAAGGAAGGAAUUGGAAAAAUAUCACGGAUCUCGUCGAUCCAAUCUUGGCUCGCUUAGUAGGAGCCUCUACACCUGCUGAAGUGGCAUGCACCGGAUCAUUGACCACCAACUUGCACAUCCUGAUGACCACGUUUUACCGGCCGACGAAGGAGCGAUUCAAGAUCCUCUGCGAAGCCAACUGCUUCCCUUCUGACCUUUAUGCAUUUACAAGUCAAAUUGAGAUGCAUGGGUUGGAGCCAAAAGACGCUCUGAUCUCGCUCUCGCCUCGGCCUGGGGAAUUCACGCUUCGAUCGGAGGAUAUCGUCUCGACCAUCACUCGAGAGGGCGCAUCGAUAGCGCUGAUUUUGUUCUCAGGGGUUCAGUUCUACACGGGCCAAGCCUUCCCAAUCAAGCAGAUCACCGCGGCCGGACACCAGCAGGGGUGCAUAGUCGGAUGGGACCUGGCCCAUGCCAUCGGUAACGUCUUGCUCGAGCUGCACGAUUGGCAGGUCGACUUCGCCGCAUGGUGUAGUUACAAAUAUCUCAACGGCGGUCCAGGUGCCAUUGCUGGAUUAUUUGUGCACGAGAAAUGGACUUCCGAUCCGACUAAAUUAGGCGGUCCUCACGGUCGGCCCCGCUUGGCUGGUUGGUUCGGACACAAUCCGGGCAAUCGAUUCCAGAUGCCCAACAAGUUCGAGCCGGUCCGAGGGGCGGGACAAUUUGUGCAUUCGAACCCUGACGUCCUAUCGGUGAUAUCGCUGUACUCAUCGCUCCAACUAUUUGCGAGUUACCCGGGAGGGAUGAGUGGUUUACGGGCGCGUUCGGAAGAGCUGACGGGGUACCUAGAGAUGUGUUUACAAGGCCUUUCGAGCUACGUCGAUCCACGAUAUGCGGCGGAUUAUCCGGAGAGUCUGAACGAGCCACAGCGCUCACGAGCCCGGGCCGUCGGCUUCACGAUCAUCACCCCGUCGGUCCCCGCCCAGAGAGGCUCCCAACUCUCGCUGCUCUUCGUCCCCUUGGGAAAUCGCUUCAUGAAUAAGGUCGCCUCGCAACUGCUCGAACUCGGCAUCGUCGGCGACGAACGCGAACCGGACGUCCUUCGCUUAUCUCCUGUCGCGUUGUAUACCUCCUUUGAAGAUUGUCGCAAGGCGGUCGAGGCCUUGAACUCUAUCCUCGAAUCUUUAAACUCUUCUCCCUCUCCAUCAUCUUGACCUGGAGUCGUAAUCUCUUCUCAUCUCUCUCAUCAUCAUGCAUCAACCUCUCUCUCUCUCUCUCUCUCUCUCUCUUGGCUUGUUUUUUUUUUUUUUU